GUGCGUUAUAGAGGAUCUUUGACGUGUCUACGGUGAUAAUAUUCGAAACGGUGGACACGAAGUCUGAAGACAAUUCAUCACUUCGUUGUGUUCUAAACGUUUGAACCUUGGGAAACUUUCGUCUUUUCAUGGGAUGUUCGCCGGGAGGUUCAGGAAGUGCUGUUCCGUUUUAAGCCAGGAUAAAUGGGUUCUUCUUGAAGUUCUUCUUGAAAUGCAACCAGAAUUGUCUGAAGACUGCGGGGAACCCCAGGGACAUGAGGAGAUUUCAGGUGGUCCUGUCCAGCACGGUGAGCGUGGACGGCCACGUCCUGGCGGUGUCGGACAACAUGUUCGUCCACAACAACUCCAAGCACGGUCGGAGGGCUCGCAGGCUUGAGCCGGGCGACUCCGCCGAGAACACCAUGGAGUAUGCCACGCCCUGCAUCAAAGCAAUCAGUCCCAGCGAAGGGUGGACGACCGGGGGGGCCAUGGUCAUCGUCAUCGGGGAAAACUUCUUCGACGGGCUGCAGGUGGUGUUCGGAAGCAUGUUAGUCUGGAGCGAGCUAAUUACGCCGCACGCCAUCCGUGUCCAGACUCCACCUCGCCACAUCCCGGGGGUGGUGGAGGUCACAUUGUCUUAUAAAUCGAAACAAUUCUGCAAGGGGGCGCCCGGACGCUUCAUCUACACAGCCCUGAACGAGCCGACGAUAGACUACGGUUUCCAGCGGCUUCAGAAAGUCAUCCCGCGGCAUCCCGGCGACCCGGAAAAAAUGGCAAAGGAAAUUUUGCUGAAGAGAGCAGCAGAUCUCGUGGAGGCUCUGUAUGGGAAUCCGCACAGUAAUCAGGACAUGUUGCUGAAGCGAGCGGCUGACAUCGCGGAGGCCCUCUACAGCGUUCCUCGUCCUCACAGUCAGCUGCAAGCGCUGCCCAGCUCGCCGGCCCACGGCAGCGUCAUGGGUUUGGGUUCCUACCCGUCCCAGUUGGGCGUCAGCAUCGGGGAGCCAGGACAGAGCGGGCAAGGUUAUAUUCGCAACUCAAGCAGCUUAUCCCCAAGAGGUUACCCCUCGGCGUCCACGCCUCAGCAGUCGAGCUACGGCGGCAGCGGCGGUAUGACCGGAGGCUACGGCAGCGUUCCCAUGACCACCCUGGGGGUUCCGGGCUCGCCCGGCUUCAGCAGCGCCUCCCCGACUGGGUCGUCCUACAUCAUGCCCCCCAGCCCGACCAUACCGGGAAGCUCCAGCUCGUCGUCGUCUCUGUUGCCUUUCUCCUCGUUCCCGUCGGCCGCUAAGCAGAAGAGCGCUUUCGCUCCCGUGCUCAGGCCCCAGGGCUCCCCUUCCCCCGCCUGCCCGGCCUCAGGCGGGAACAGCUUCCGAGGCAGACGAACGGGCAAACUUUUAGAAACUAUCCAAAGACAAAACAUCGAUUCCGCAGGCAGGCAGGCAGGCAGGCAGGCAGGCAGACGAUGUUUCUUUGCUAACCAGACUGGACCACACCACACUGUGACGCCAACCAAACGUGAUUUCAUUUCUAAAACUUCGGCGUUUGCCUCCGGUGUGCGAUCUCGCGCCGUAUUCUCGAUUUCUUCCGCCGCCUGCCCCCCGAACCUUUGCUGGCGACGAACACGCGAGCACUGAACCCUUUUCAAGCGAUGGACGGCUCUUUUUAAGCAGGGUGCUAUUCGUCUGUUACGGACACUUUAAAAACAGCAUGUGUGUGUGUACACUGUCUGUGAGUUAGCGACAAGUUUUUUGUAGUAGACUUUUUGAAGACAAUUUACAUUCCGCGAAAAAAUAGACCCUUUAUUUUUAUUUUUAUUUUUUUUUUGUUCCGAUCGCUGAGAUUCUACAAGUGAGAUUUUUUUUUCCUUCCUUUUUCUCAAGGGUUAUUACUAAAGGAGUUCAUAUAUUGAUUUAUUUAAGUACAAGCAAUUUAACUUAUUAUAGCUAGUUUAGGGAAUAAUAUAAACGUUUUAUAAAAGUGAUUUUUUUUUCCCAACUGUUUACGUUUUAAUGAACUACGACGCCGUUCGAUUUUAAAUUUUUUAUUGCGUGUGGGCUUCAUCCAAAAAUUUGGAAUAAGACUUCCCCCGGUCUGCAAGGUCUUUGCGUAACUAGGAUUGACAUUACGCAUUGAGUUGUGACAUAAAAAUGAUUAUUAUUGUCCUGGUGUAAAGGGGGAAAAAAAUUUUGAUUUCAUGUGUAAUGCAUGCUUUGUUGAACCAACGCAAACGCUGUCAUCCCGUCAUCCCACGUCGCAAAUUGGACACAAAGGCGUCGUCGCCUGGAGGUUUUCAGCUUCAUUCGGCAAGUCUCCGCGGAGCACACGCGAGUCACUAUGCAGUUCGGUAAAUGGAAAGCACAACAACGUACGGUAUUAUUCUGUUUCAGCCGCCGAUACGAAACCGCCACACGAACGCCGCUCUCAGGAUGUGAAAACAAACAAAAAAACACGGAGUUGAGAACAUUUUCAACUUUAGUUGACUAUUUAUUUUUAAAAAAAAAAUGAGUAAUUUUAACGUUUUCAACCCAUCUUUCUUUCAAACGGUACAAACAUGGUACAAAUGUGAUUUGUAUAUCAACAAGGUGUAAUUAUAUUUUGUGCUCCAAA